GAAACGACUUCACGAUUAAAAAAAUUGAAUGCAGAAAUCACCUUCUGCGUAAUUUUGCUACUAAAUUAACAGCACUAACAAAAAAUAUUAGUUACCCGAUAGUUAUUCGUAACUUCAUAAAGUCAAAAAUAUUACGUUUUCGGUCUGAUAUAACUAAAGCUAUUUCAUAUCAAAAGAGACGUGAUUUGCCGCUCAAUCAAAAAGUUGCAGCACUGAAACAGGAUAUUUCUAAUAGUCCGUAUCAUCGGCUAGGACAACAUAAUGGAUGUGCAAACUACUUUUGUCAAGGAAGCAAAAGUGGUGAGCCUAAUUUGGUCCCAGGUGCUGAAGAGAGUGGUUUAAUGGGAGAAAUUAGAAAAAUUGUGUAUCGCUUAUCAAACAAUGCAGAAAGUUUAAUUGAAGACGUUGAUAAUAACCCUUGUGAACAAUUAAACAGUUUGAUUAACAAGUAUAUCGGUGGGAAGCGAAUUAACUUUACACAAAGUCAUAAUUAUCAAACACGAAUAGAAGCUGCAGUUGUAGCUUUCAAUUCAAAAAACUAUUUACGUACGAUACAAAAAAAAAUUACAACUAAAAGUCCAGGGAAAUUUGCCAAAAAAUAUAUGAGUAAUAUACAACGAAUAAGAGAUAAUACUUUUAACAGAAGGAAAAGAUUAUUCUCGUCAGGUAUAAAGCGACCAAAAACGAAAUUUUCGUCGAGUGCUGCUGACAAUAAUUAUGGGUUAGCCGAGCCAUUGCUUGAUGUAAUAGAUGAUGAAGAACUAAUAAAAAAAAAAGAUAUAUUUCUCGAAAAAUUAUAUAAAGUAGACAAAGACCAACUAGAAUAUUUGACGAGAGAACAAAACCACAGUAAAAAAUGGUUUAGUGAGCGAAAGAAGAGACUUACAGCUUCAAAAUUUGGCGAUGUAUGCAGAAUGAGAAUAAACACAAGCUGCAAGGUCAAAGUUCAUAACAUGUUAUACAAGUCAUCGAUAACAAGUAAAGAAAUGACACACGGCGUUGAAAAUGAAUCUUUGGCGAGAACACGGUUUCAGGACUUGACAGGAAUGACCGUAAAAUUAUGUGGACUUUUUACGGACAAUGAAUACCUAUAUCUAGCUGCAAGUCCAGACGGAUUAAUUGAUGACAACGCGAUUGUUGAAAUUAAAUGUCCGUAUACGGCGAGAGACACAAAUAAUGCAAAAGAAGCAAUUGAAAGUAAACUUUUGCAAUACUGUAUUAUAAAUAAAGACGGAACCAUUAAAUUAAAAAAAGAGCAUCCGUACUUUUAUCAAAUAAUUGGUCAGUUACGGAUAACCGGGAGGAAUAUUUGUUUUUUUGUAGUUCAUACAAACAACUGGACACAUAUAGAAAAAAUUAUUUAUGAUUGUCAAUUUUGGGAAACUGAAAUGGUUAAUAAACUUAAAAAGUUUUAUUUGGAAUGUAUUUUGCCAGAAAUAGUUGACCCAUUGUACGGAAGGCGGUUACAAAUAGCAGACAUACGAGAACCACUCCAUAUAUUAAAAGCACAGGAAGAAAAAAAUAAAACAAAACGUUAUUUCACAGACGAAGGUUCAGACAAUAAUAAACAUCGCUUUCGAAUAAGUAAAAUCGUCUGCCGGCCGCCGCCUUCGAGUAGUGGGCGUGGUUAA